AUGACCUCGACCUGUUCAAAAUCCGGUCAUUCAUUGGUUGAGACUGGGGGGCUUAAUACAAGCCUCGUCCAUUCAUUGGUUGAGGAGGAGGGGCUUAACGAGGUCGAAAGGUUGAAAAUCCUGCAAGUUUUGCAAAGGGAUAGCCAGUUGAAAUUGAAACAAAAUCAACAACUCCAAAACUUAAAAAGCGAAAUAGACGAAUUGCGACAAAACAGCCAAAAAUGGUUUCGCAAGAAACCAUUGGACGGAAGUGGAUGCUGUCAUUUAUGUGGCGCUACAUUCGGAUGGAUAUUUGAUCGAGGCGACGAAUGUCCUGAAUGUUCUAAAAAGUCACCAACAACGAUUGUGACGUCAUCAACUAGCGGCAAAUCAUUAUCCAAAACAUCGCCAACUACAUCAACAACAACACCUAGAGAAGUUAACUUUCCACUGACACCAACACGAUUACUUGACAUCGUGUCAACUCAACAACAUCAAGAAGAGAGACAACAACAACAACAACAACAGCCUAACAACGAAUCAAGCGCCGAAUAUUUUCAAAGGCAAAAGUUAAUUAAACAACAACAGCUAAAACAGCAACAGCUAAAACAACAACAACAGCAGCAGCAGCAACAACAACAAAUGAAAGCAGUUCGAUACGACAGUAGUGAUGAUGACCUUAACACCAUUGAAGAAGUUGAGGAAACUAUUUCGUCAGAGCGACAUCAACAAAACCGUCAUCAACAGCAACAACAACAGCAGCAAAAUAAACAACGACAAAUUCAAGUGCUAAACAACAACAACGUCGAUAUAAUCCAAAUACACAAAGAACACAACCAACAACUGCCACAACAACAACAACAACAAACAUCUACAAAAAUUUCCAAACUAGAUAUUGCCGUGUCAUCUCCAAAUCAAGAAAGACAAAAUGUAACGAAAAUUAAAACCGAAACCAAAACUAGAAUUGAGAAAAACCAGAAAGAACAAUUAUUAAAUUCAUCAACGCCAUCAACAACAACUGACAUAAACAACAACAACAACAAAUCAGAAAAUCAGCAGCCGAAACAACCAGAGCAACAACAACAGCAACAACAAAAAACACUUCAAGAUAGUCAACAAAACGUUCAACGAUCCGACCCCAGAACUACCAAACAAAUGGAUGAAAUGUUCACUUCUUCUACUGAAUCAAUCAUACAACCAGUACGAGCUAAAUUAAGACUGAAGCAUAAUAACGAUGAUUCAACUCCACAACAAUCACAACCACAGCCACAACCACAGCCACAACCACAACUACAACCACAACUACAACCACAACCACAACUACAACCACAACUACAACCACAGCAGAAACGACAGCCCAUUGAAGCAGGCGCCCACCAACCGCCGAUAAUUGUUAAAUCGUCAUUAGUUAAGACGUUGUCAUCAACAUCGUCUUCAACAUCAUCGCCUACUAAUAACCACCAGCGGUCCAUAAUAAAAUUAACUUCAUCUUCAACUUCAUCGCCGGCAGCAAAUCAAAAUCAACCAAUUAUCUUCCAGCAACAACAACAACGACAACAACAGCAAACUAUUCCAAAAUCUGUCAUCGCAAACAAAGGAAACAGCUCAACAAACGUUAAACUCAGCAACAACAACAGCAGCCACAACAACAUCACAGAAGCAACUACAACAACUGCAGCAGCAACAACAAUAGAGUAUCAACGUUCGGAAGAUGAUGCUGCUGUUAAGCCUCAACCAAUCGUCGAUCGACAAUACGAUGAAGAGAGACAUAAGGAAGAUAAAGACGACGAUGAUGAAGAAGAUGGUAAAGAAGACGACGACGAUGAUGAAGAUGACGAUGAAGAGGACGAUGAAGACGAUGAAACUAAUAAUAAGAGUAACGAAUUCAAUUUCUUCUUUGGUGGGGAAAAUGUACUUUUAUACCCUGUAGAGGCAGACGAUAGAAAUGAGGUGGCAUCAACAACAUCAAUAACAUCAAUAACAUCAACAGCAUCAAUGGCCUCAACAACAACAUCAGCGAUAUUAAAAACAUCAACAACAUCAUCAGCGACCAGUAAAAGUCCUGCAACAUCAACAGCCACAUCAUCGCUGACGACAACCUUAAAACUAACCACUUCAAAUGUUGCGAAAACGAAAAACAACGCUGACAUAAUCAGCGAUAAACUUGAAGAAAGUGAAAAACAUGGAAAUAAUAAAACUACGGGAGAAUUUAGCAUAGUAAAAGAUAGAACAACAAAUUUGAAAGAUGAAUCGGAGAUAGAAUCUAAAACUAAAUCUUCACGUUUUGAAAAACUAAACAACGAACCAUCAUUUGUAAGCGCGAACAGCAUUAAAAUCGAAUCAAAUGUUGAGCAUUCUUCAAUUCAAGACCUCAAAACCAAGUCCAACAUUGACAGAAUUGAAGAAAAAACCAAAAAUAUCAAACUGGAAACCACGAAAAAUGUUGAAACAGAUGACGAAAUUUUGAGAAAAUGUCAUGAAGAGGAUUUGAAACUGGAGAAAAAAAUGUUUGACGAGAGUGAAGUUGACGAGAUGGCUUCCAAACUAACUGAUGACAUAUUGGAAGAAAGUGUCUCAGCCUCCGUCGGGAAUAGCAAGGUAGAGGAUAAAAAUAAUUUGAAAAAUGAAGAUGAAGCCGAUGAUGAUUUCGAAGAAGCCUACAAAGCCAAUUAUGACGAAAAAUUUGACGAUGAAAAUGACGACCAGAAUGAUGAUGGUGAAAAGAAAAAGAUAGCUAAACAUGAUGAUGAUAAUGUAGACGAGGAAUACGACGAUGAUGAUGAUGAGCCAGAUCAAGGCGAAUAUUAUCUUGACAGAUUUUCUCAAAAUAUAAGAGGUACUGCAAAAGAAGAUGGUAACGAGCAAGAUGACAAAGAUUCUUCAGAAAUUCAUAAUCGUGAAAAGAUAUCUGAUGAAGUUUCAUUACCAAUUUUAAUGAAAAAAGAAGCUGAUAUAGUUAAGAAUGAUGAUGACAGUAGCGUUAGACAACAGCAACAACAGCAAAGAUAUCAACACAGAAAUGUACAGUCCGAAGAAGAGUAUUCAGAAGUAGUUCGGCCGAAACAUGUGAAUGAAGAGAAUAAAACAUUCCCGAAUGAACUUUCAAAGGCACAAAUAAAUAAUGAAGAUGAUGAAGCGGUUGAAUAUAACAUCAAACAACAACAUUUAGAACGAAGUUACCAACAAAAGCAUCAACGUUUUCAAGACGAUUACAACAACGGCGAUGAUGAAGAUAAAAAGUUUGAGACAUACGCCAGAGAACAGAAAUUGAAACAACCUUUUCGUUAUUCGGAAUUUUUCGUUAACAAAGGCACAAACUACGAUAGAAACAGCGAAAGUUAUUACGCUUCCACACAAGCCAACACUGCCUCACUCUUCAAAAUUGGUCUUCCUAUUUGGCUGAGAGAAAAAAAUGGUGACCAACGAGAGGAUGAAAUUUCAGGAAAACCUAAAGUAACUUCUGCAGCCGGUGAAUGGAGUGUUGAGGAGAAUGAAAAAAGAGAUGGGCUUGGAACUUUUAAGCGGGCCACAAGCUUUAGCGACAAUGAUGAAGAUGAUGAAAAAAAUAAAAAUGUAAGUGAAAGUGAGGCAGAAAACGUCGAAAGUGAUGAGAAAAGUAACGAAGAUGAUGAAGAAGAAGAUGAUAACGAAGAUGAAGAUGAUGAUCUAGAGGCAGUUCUUGUUAGUUUUUACAUUUCAAUUUUUCGUUUUGUUAUAGUUCAAUUCUUAACUUUUAUGUACUCACAUUUGUUUCGUUCAUAUCAGACGGAACUAGGCAACCAGGAAACGAACCUUUUAAAGAGACACGAAGAUGAAAAGCAAGAGUUAGAACUGAAACAGCAACAGAGAUUGGAUGAAUAUUUGGAAAAUCUGGCGAAGUACAUUGACGAAGAGAAGUUAGACGCGCAAAAUGUUGACUCCCUCCUCGACAAAUCUGCACUGCAAACGAUGAUCGCACAACAACAAGCAGAAGAAUUGGAAGAACUAUCAAAGCAACAACUGCAAGAACUGACGGACUUUCAAGAUGAUAAGGAAACUUUUUUAAAGGAGUUUCAAUGUUACCAGCAAGAACGUUACAACAACAAGACGAAGAAGAGGAUCCAGAAGUAUGCAGAGAGACUGGUGGAGAACAUCGUGGUGUGUGUGGUCGAGGAGUUGACCAACUUCUGCGUCCUUGAAGAGCAAGGUCAGCUGUCACCCCAGGACUCUGAAGAUGAUGAAAAGGAGGAGGAAGAUGAUGAGGAGGAGGAGAAGGAAGAUGAAGAUGGUGCAAAUGUUUCAACGAAAGAAACGUUCAAUCAAUCGCAUGGACGACUGAGAAACGCGAAUAAAAUUAUGAAAAAAAUUCGUUUUGAUGACGAUUCCAACAACCCAGAAAUGAAUUCAGGAGGAGAGAAUAAUUACGAUUCUCUUGAAGAGAGGGAGAACCUUGAAGAUGCAGCUGCUGAUAUUGUUGCAUACGCCAUUUCGAACGCAUUGUUACAAUACGCUUCCAAUAAAGAUGAGCGUGAAGAAGAUGAAGAUGAAAAUAAAUUGACAGAUAAUUUGGACGAUUCUGAAUUAAAUUAUGAAUCGAAAGACGCGCCAGAAAAAUUUUUAGAAACAUCUAAUGAAGACGAGGAUGACGUUAAAAAUGUUGCAGCAGAUAUAGUGGAGAACAUACUGUCAGAUUCUCUGAAUGCACAGACCUCCACAGCCGACCAGCACGGAACCGAUGUUGAUCUUCCCACAGAUAUCCAUAGUGAAUUUGAUGGCAUUUCAAAAAAAUUUGAAACAAAUUCAGAAAGCGAGGAGAAUAAAUUUGAUGAAAUCAGCAGCAUACGAACCACAUUCGGAACGAGUGUCUCAACCGAAACAAGAACGAUGUACAAGAGAGGCACCAGUGAGUCAGCGAAACCACAAAGUUCGAUCAAUCUGAGAGAGCAGCAGUCUCAAUCAUUCGCGUCCGAUCAACAUCACAUCAAAGAAAAACCAAUGGAAAGAUGGAACAAUUUGGGGUCGAUGCAUGAUGAGAUGGAAACGAAAGAUUUUAUGCUGAGUUCUGCUGGCAGUCUCCUGGAUGAUGUUCAACAGGAUUUGGCAAAGUUCGGUCUAGGAGAGUCACGCGGGACCGUUCCAUCAACAUCCAUUGAAAGAACAUUAAGGAAAGAAGUUGUGGAAGACGAUGAAGGUGUGCUUGAUGUAAAGAUAGAAAGUAGUUCUUGCGAUCAGAGUGCUACUGCCGAGAAAAAUGAAGUAAGUUCAGUUGUUACUGAUGAAGAUUCCAACGAUUCCUCUUCUGCUGCCAACAGAUCCUCAACAAAUCGAAGGCAUCUGGCUGUCAAAAAAUCAUCACCAGACAACUUGGACGCAUAUCAGGAGAGCCAGCGAAGCAGUGCCAGCAUGUACAGUGACUACGAUAGGGCAGCAUCGAAAACUGAAUACCCCGACGACGAAAGUGACUUCAUAAAAACCCCGCCACGUCCAAAAUCCACUCCUGUUGCCUCGCCUGCAGCUGCAGCAGCCGCGUCUGUAACUCCACGUGUGAUCAACGAUGACGACAGCGACGAUUCGUUGGGCAAGAGCCACAAGCCGACGACAAACAGCACGAUGGAACGCAUGUUUUCAAGCAAGAUGGCCAUCGCUGGAGAGGUCUUGUUUGGUCUGGUGUACGAUACACGAGCCAGAGCCCUCGAGAUUCACGUCCAUCAGUGCAGAGAUAUCGCCGGCAUUGGAUUCGGCAAGACAAACCCGUACAUAAAGACCUACCUGAUGCCAGAUAAGACGAGGAAGGGCAAGAGGAAGACAACGGCGAAACGAAACACGGAGAACCCUGUUUAUAACGAAGUUCUGAAGUCAUCUGAACAUUUCAAUACUGAUGAAUUGCUCUCCGGAGCAAACAGCAUGUUCAACACUUAUUUAUGCAGACAGUAUGAUGCAUUCACUCUACAACUUGCACAUUACUCAAAUAUCAAACAAAACAGCGUCGUUAAUAUUUGCCAACAAGAUUACACCUUCAUACUCGUUGGAACCAGAAAAAAAACUUACAAAAUACCGAUAACCGAGUUGAAGCACCGAAUCUUGUGCCUGACGGUUUGGCACAACUCUUUCGGUAAGAACGAUUUUCUGGGUGAGGUGAUUCUGCCCCUGGAGAACGUAGAGUUGGACGAUGCAGACGGCCAGUGGUACCACCUACAGCAGGGAGUUGGCGCCCAGAGAUGGAAGUCCAUCCUGGAUUUGAACCACGAGAGCAAGAUCGAACUUUCUCUCAGCUUCUCGGCGUCGAGCAGCAGCAACCACACGCAACCGAACUCUAACGUCAUCGGAGAUCUGAAAGUCAACGUCAUCCAGGCAAGAUCUCUCACGUCAUUCAGGGAAGAUGGACUGUGCGACGCUUUUGUUAAAUGCGUCCUUCACCCCCCCGGCCUUCCAGAGAUGAAGAAGAAAUCGAGCAUCAUCAAAUCUUCGUGCAACCCGGUCUGGAACGAGCAUUUUACCUUCUCGAAGAUACGGGCUGACCUACUGAAGCACAGCAGACUGGAGAUCACAAUUUGGAAUCACGAGAAAUUUUUCACAAAUGACUUCUUGGGGGGCAUCAAACUUCAGCAAGGCAGCGAUCAUAGCAACCCGGAAACGGAAAUGUGGGAGAAGAUGUUGACGUCAUCGCCCGAUCAACCCGUCACUAUGUCCUUACCUCUUAGAUCAACCAUGGAUGAUGUAUUACUCAAUUCCUGAUCCUCCCAACCCACAAACCCACACACACACACUACAAACACAAUGUGACUUAAUUUUGAUAAACAUAUAUAUUUUCUAUGAUUUUCUUAAUACCUGGCUGAUUCCAACAUUGAUCCUUAUAUAUAUAUACUGUCAUAACAUCAUUAAUCAAUUAAUAUUUUCCAUAAUUCUCAGCAAUUUUUACUCAAAUUUAUUCUAAAUUAAAAAAAAUUAAAAUUCUUUAAUGGCGAAUGGUGCAACCAGCAAAUGAUUUCAUGUCAUUUUAAACUCCAAUUAAUCAAAUUAACAAAGAAAAUGUUCUUUUUUCGUUAUUUAUACUUUAAUAUUUCAUAUAUCAGAUGCAAUAUAUUAUUUAGUGUACUUACUAGUUGUUGCUAAUUAUAUGUUUUACAAACUUACCGAAAAUAUUUAUUUAUUUAUCUAUUCGUUCGUUCGUUCAUUCAUUCAUUCAUUCUUUAAUUCAUUUAAUUAUUAACUCAUUUUAAAAGUAGUUACUAAUAUGUUGUUGCUCGUCUAACCAACUAACACAAAAAUAAUUACAUUGGUUGGUGCCUCGUUCCAAUCAGUUUAUUGUUUCAUUUCUUCGUCUUAAAUUAACAUCAAUCAAUCAAUCAGUCAAUCAAUCAAUUAAUCAAACAAUCAAUCAACGUUUCAUUCCUUUAUUUUUUAAUUAUAUUAAUCAGUCAAUCGAUCGAUUCGCUUUUUUGCAUUUUACCAGUCAAGCAAUGAAAGAAAAAUUCAACCAACCAACCAACCAUCCAUCCAACCAACCAACCAACCAACCAACCAUCCAUCCAACCAACCAACCAACCAUCCAUCCAACCAACCAACCAAUCAAAUGCUGAAAUAAUGAGAUUUAAGGUUUUAUUAUCGUCAUCGUCGUCAUCAUUUUUAAAUAAUCUGCAAUAAAACUUCAUUUAUUUAAUCAAUUAUUCAUUCAUUCAUUCAUUCAUUCAUUCAUUCAUCCAUUCAUUCAUUCAUUCAUCCAUUCAUUCAUCCAUUCAUUCACUCCAGUAAUGAUUUGAUUGACUAUUAAAUUUAACGAUUUAAUAAAU